CAAUAGAGUAGGGUUUUUGAAAACAGUUCCAUUUUGUUUGGUUUAUUUGCAAUGUCUCAACUGCGCUCGAUGUGCCGAACUUGUGGCAAAAGUGUGGCCCAUUUGCAGGCCAGGGCCACCAAACUGUUCGACAAAAGUAACUUUCACUUAAUUAGUUUGCUGGAAAAUAUCACCGACAUGUAUCUGGAAUCGGACACUACUCUGCCACAUCUCAUUUGCCAAUGGUGCAAACUGCAGCUGGACAGGAUUUUGGUUUUUCGCAGUAAGUGCUUGGAGGUCCACCAGUCAUUUUUGGCCGCCAACAGGAAACUUUUGCGACCAAAGGCGGUAGUUUACGAGGAACUCGCUGAUUUGGAGGAUGAGAUGCUACUGCAGGAUAUGAGGGACCACAAGAGUCAGGAAAUAAGUAUAGCACUUGCAGAAACAGCUGGGCUUCUGCAGGAAGACCAAAAUGAUAACGAAAUAGAGGAGAUGGAAAAUGGGACUCAGAUUGAGGACAAUCCAGAGCAAGCUCUACAAACAGAGGAGGCGGAGCAUUAUCAGGAGCAGCUCCAUAACACUUGCGGCCCCUCGAAGGGAGUAGGCGCACGCGUACCCAACCGUGCGAAGCGCAACUCCAAGUCCUGGUUCUGUGACCAGUGCGGCGGCGUGUUCAAGUCUUCCACCUACCUCAAGCUACACCUGCAGCGGCACACCGGCCACAAACCCUUCGAGUGCGACAUUUGCCAGGCAAAGUACUACACGGACAACGAGAUGCGUCGCCACAGGAUCCUUCACACAGACGCCAGGCCGUACGCUUGCCGAUUCUGCAGCAAGACCUAUCGAGGAUGCAGUAGUAAAGUGGUCCACGAGCGGACCCACACCAACGAGCGUCCCUUUCAAUGCCAGUACUGCGACAAGGCCUUCACUUCCACGUCGACGCGCCAAAAGCAUGAGAUGCUGCACACAAAUCAGCGAAAGUACCACUGCGAGAUCUGUGACCAGUGGUUCCUGCGCUCCUCCCAUUUGACCUUGCACCAGAGCACUAAACUUCACCAGCGAAGAGCUCAAAGUGCUAGGACUGUCUAAAAUACAAGAAGACAGACUUAAGUUUAAUUUUUUA